AUGCUGAGCUUCCUGCGGCAUGGCCCUCUAGUGAGGCUGUGCAUGGGACUCGCCUGUACCCUCUCUCUCUGGAAUACAGUGUCUGGUCUUAAAGGAGAAGGCAAGAAAGACAAAGGAAUGGGUCACUUACCCGCAACAGUGUCUGGAAACAAAGGCCUCAAACAGGAGAAAUCUGGAUCCUUCCCUCAUGCAGCAGAGUCUUUCUUCAGAGAAGAAAAGAUGGUAAAGGGCAUAGAGGUUCUUGCUACGACAGAACUCCCAGCAAGGUCAGUUGACCUGUCUGCACUCAAUCUGACUGAACUCGUGAAUGGAAUGCUCAGUAGAGCUUUAAAAGACAGCAAGCAAUUCUUCUCCGUGCUUAGCAUCACUUCUUAUAGUUCAUUUGCCUUCCACAAGGUUUCCUUGGCCAUCUACAACAUUUCCAACCCAAAGAAAGUUGACCCGGCCAAAUUCCCUACCAGGUAUUGCUACUGUUUGAACAAUAGGACCAAUGACUUAUCAGAUUUCACAGCGUUGCUGGUGGACAUUGUUGGGAAUUCUACCAGCUAUCUCACUGAGAUUUUUAAAUCAACCUCCAUCCUCUCUGUGAGUCAGACCAAUGAAUCCGACUGUGUCUUCAUUUGUGUGAUGGCGGGGAAGUCAGGAAGGAAUCUUUCUGACUUCUGGCAGAUGGUGGAGAAAUCUCCGUUUAUCAACUACACAUUCACCAGUGGUGUGUCUAGUGCUUUGGGUGCAACUACCAGGGGAACAGCCCAGACUUUAAGACUUGAGACCCAAAGCCAGCAGUCACUUCUAAGAUCAUAUCCUGGACGCUGGAGCACACAGUGGGUAUCUGCUCCAAAGACCUUCACUUGGUCAAAGACAAGUAUUCCUUCAGAAAAAGAGGUGACAGAAAACAAAGAGAUGUUUCCAGAGCUUCCUUUUGGGGCCAUAGCCACACAGAGUAGUGUCACUCACACACAGCCAAACACAGGAAAAAUGACCAGAACACCAUGGGUGACAAGCAAACACACACGGGCUCCCGUGGUAUCCAUGUCUACGUCACAGACCAUGGACGAUAGUACACCUGGAGGGCCACCCUGGCCCAGGCUUCCCUCCACACCAGCUUCCGCUACAGAUGCCCAGAUGCUCAGGAGCACAGGAAGCCCAUUGCAUCCUUCUAGGAUACUGCCCACACCCACCAGACUUGCACAGUCAGGCAUAGCCUCAGGAACACUCACGCCUGGAACACAGACUCCAAUUCCAACCAAAGCACCAGCCCCUAGAGAUCCGCAGACAGAUGGUGUUCCUGCAGAGUGGCCAUUCACCCCUGAGUUAGAGCCAGCCCUGGUCCCAGCAGCCCAUCAAGUUUCAAGGUGUCCUCGGCCACUCCUCAAAGAAGAAACCAUUGCAGACACUCCUCUACCCCUGGUCAUGAAGAAACUCAACCCAUGCCUGAUGGAACUCUGCCGCUACUUCCAGAAAUGCCUCUGUGCAAGCCAAAAGAGGGAUUACAGUUUAGAAGCCACAAGGUAUUGUCUGGAAUACUAUUCUUGGUUUCUGAAGAAUGCUACACUGAUCUGCCAGAGGGUGAAGAGGGUAUCCCACUCUCGCACCUUGAAGCAAAAAUGCCUUGAGAAUGUCUGCAAGUUUGUGUGA